AAAACCACCAGCCCCUGCCUCCCCAGCGCUGGGAGUAAAAGUGUGCACCACCAUGCUGGUCUAGUUGUGCUGAAUUCUUACCUCUCAGCUGGUGAGAGACUUGAGACUGCAGGGUGAGGGUCUCCCAUCCUUCCCCGUGUCCUUCAUUCUCCCUGUCUUUCUACCUAGCCUCAUUCACAGUAAGUCUGUUUGAGAUAGAGCACAACGAGUCAACAGAAAAACACAGCAGUUUGUCAUCAACGUUUGUGUCUGUGAACCAGGCAGGGCUGCCCACUCCUGCACUGAGAUACUAAUUCCGACCACAUACCUUGCCUGAGAUUAAGACACUGAUAACUCGACCUUGCUGAGGGUGUGUUGAAAUAACAGCCAGGUGAUUUAUACCAGCUGAUUCAACCGUUGGUACAGCUCACAAACUACAUGUUUACUUUAUAAUCCAGCAGGUUUUAAAUUUGUGUAUUGUUGUUCUCUGACAGCUUUGUACAUGAGGUAAUGAAUUUUGCUCGUUUUCACUCCUGUCCUGACACAACCUGUCUUGUCAGCAAGGCUCCCUCCCACUUCGUGUCUUUAGAAAGCCUCUUGUGUUGGAAGGACUGGACUUGGGAUCUUGUACAAGCAAAUGGACAGUGGAUUACCUGAGCCAAGCUGGGGGGUCGAAAGAAGUGAAGGUUCACGUUGCUGCGGUCGCACAGAUGGACUUCAUUAGUAAGAACUUUGUGUAUAGAACAUUACCAUUUAACAAGCUGGUCCAGAGAGCAGCCGAAGAAACGCAUAAAGAAUUCUUUAUUUCAGAGGAUGAGAAAUACUACUUACGGUCGCUUGGAGAAGACCCGAGGAAGGAUGUUGCAGAUAUCAGACAGCAGUUUCCAUCAUUAGGAGGAGAUAUUAAGUUUCCAAUAUUCUUUGAAGAGGAGCAGUUCUUUUCCAGUGUUUUUCGAAUUAGUUCACCUGGAUUGCAACUCUGGACUCACUAUGAUGUAAUGGAUAACUUUUUAAUACAAGUAACCGGAAAGAAGCGAGUUACACUGUUCAGUCCUCGAGAUGCACACUAUUUGUAUCUAUCAGGUUCUAAAUCGGAAGUGCUGAAUAUUGACAGCCCAGACCUGGAUAAAUACCCACUCUUUGCUAAGGCGAGGAGGUAUGAGUGUUUCCUUGAGGCUGGUGAUGCUCUGUUCAUUCCUGCUUUAUGGUUCCAUAAUGUAAUUUCUGAAGAGUUUGGCGUGGGUGUGAACGUCUUCUGGAAGCACCUUCCGUCGGAAUGCUAUGACAAAACAGAUACCUACGGCAACAAAGACCCUGUAGCAGCAUCCAGAGCUGUGCAGAUCUUGGACAGAGCUUUGAAAACACUGGCUGAACUACCAGAGGAAUACAGGGACUUCUAUGCACGCCAAAUGGUCUUACGUAUUCAGGACAAAGCCUACAGCAAGAACUUUGAGUAAAAAAAUGAACUAAAUGUAGUAAAAAUUUAAAAAUAAAAAUCAGCUUAAGUAUUUGAAAACUAUAACAAGAUAUAAACAUUUAAAGAUGUUUUUUAAAAAUAGGAUAAAUCAGUCUCAGAUUUAUUGUAUAAAAGGAGAUACAUAUCUGAUUUCUACUUGGUACAGAUUGAGAAUGCUUAGUAGACCCAUUCUUUAGCUCUAAGAUGUAAAUAACUAAAAUUCUGACAAUAAGAAUAUGUAUUGAAUCACACUACAUAAAGUCUACUGAUGGAAUGACCUUCUUUGGUCUUUGCAGUGAUUCAGUAGUGCCACCAGAAACUUUUGAUCACCCCACCCCCACCCCACUGUCUUUCAACCACAGGAUUGGCAUUAUCCUAGGUCUAGCUACCCUCGUGGUCAUGGGAUGGUUGCCAGUAGCAGCUGGGGCCUUGUGUGUCUUCAUUUGUAUGCAGUGGAGUCGUCUGGCUGUAAUCCACAGGCACUGUCUUACAUGAAGCCGCUUUCCAGAAUUCCCUACCAGGCCCUUAGCCUUAAUGCUCUGAAAUGGCUUAGCCCUGUCCAUCAAUGAGCCAGUCAUCAUCAUUUUAUAAAAUUAAACACGAGUGGGAUGCUCUUCCUUGGGGCACAGAAGUGUAUGAGGGAAUAGAGUAGAUAUUUAAUAAAGCUUACAGGAUGCUAAAAAUGAGUAGAUUUGAUGGUGUGAUAGAUCAUGAGUUCUGGAUUUACCCAAAUGUCUGACCCUGGCCUUUACUGCCCCCCAAAUGUUGUCAGCCUCUCUUUAGUUAAUACUUACAUAUAAACUUUAAUCAUUGUUUUCCUAGCAGAUACUUCUGUACUAUUUCUAGUUUUUUAAAUAAAUACUUCCUUUAAUGAUGAAAAA